GUAAGUUGUAAUGACCUCAAAGCUUUAGCAGUUCUUCCAUCUGAUUCAGGUUUCCUUCUCCGGCAGUCUUCAGAAUCAAUAUCCACACUUCUGUUGAUUAUCUGCGUGCAUUUUGGACAAAUCUUCCAACCAGAAGAAUAUAUACUAGAAGAAGAAAUGGCUGGUGGUCUUUCACCAGGUUUCUUCAUGGAGGAACUUAAUAAAUACCGUCAGAAGGAGGGAGUAGUACUUACAUAUGAAGAACUGCCUAAUUCAGGACCUCCACAUGAUAGGAGGUUUACAUUUCAAGUUAUAAUAGAUGGGAGAGAAUUUCCAGAAGCUGAAGGUAGAUCAAAAAAGGAAGCAAAAAAUGCCGCAGCCAAAGUAGCUGUUGAGAUACUUAAUAAGGAAAACAAGGCAGUUAGUCGUUUAUCAUUGACACCAACUGAUUCUUCGGAAAGAUCAUCCAUUGGGAAUUACAUAGGCCUUAUCAAUAGAUUUGCCCAGAAGAACAGACUAACUGUAAAUUAUGAACACUGUGCCUCGGGGGUGAAUGGGCUAGAAGGAUUUCAUUAUAAAUGCAAAGUGGGGCAGAAAGAAUAUGGUAUUGGUACAGGUUCUACUAAACAGGAAGCAAAACAACUGGCUGCUAAACUUGCAUAUCUUCAGAUACAUAAAUCAGAAGAAACCUCAGUGAAAGCUGACUCCAUAUCCUCUGGUUCUUUUACUCCUGUGUGUGACAUCCAAAACAACUCUUUAGUGACCAGCACAUUGGCGUCUGAAUCAUCACCUGAAAGUAGUUUCUCAGAAGAUACAUCAGAGAUAAAUUGUAACAGUAGUUUAAACAAUUGUUCUUCAUUGCCUAUGAAUGGCCUCAGAAAUAAUCAAAGGAAGGUAAAAAGGCCUAAUUUGGCGCCUAGAUUUGACCCUCCUGACAUGAAAGGAACAAAAUAUACUAUGGAUACGAGGUUUGGCAAGGAUUUUAAAGAAAUAGAAUUAAUUGGCUCAGGUGCAUUUGGCCAAGUUUUCAAAGCAAAACACAGAAUUGACAAAAAGACUUACGUUAUUAAACGUGUUAAAUAUAAUAGCGACAAGGUGGAGCGUGAAGUGAAAGCAUUGGCAGAACUUGAUCAUGUAAAUAUUGUUCACUACAAUGGCUGUUGGGAUGGAUUUGAUUAUGAUCCUGAGAGCAGUGAUUAUGAUCCUGAGAGCAGUGAUUAUGAUCCUGAGAACAGCAAAAAUAAUUUAAGAUCAACGACUAAGUGCCUUUUCAUCCAAAUGGAAUUCUGUGAUAAAGGGACAUUGGAGCAAUGGAUUGAAGAGAGAAGAGGCAAGAAACUAGACAAAGUUUUGUCUUUGGAAUUCUUUGAACAAAUAACAACAGGGGUAGAUUAUAUACAUUCAAAAAAUUUAAUUCAUAGAGAUCUUAAGCCAAGUAAUAUAUUCUUAGUAGAUUCAAAACAAAUAAAGAUUGGAGACUUUGGACUUGUAACAUCCCUGAAAUAUGAUGAAAAGCGAACAAAGGAUACAGGAACUCCACGAUACAUGAGCCCAGAACAGAUUUCUUCACAAGAAUAUGGAAAGGAAGUGGACCUCUAUGCAUUGGGGCUAAUUUUUGCUGAACUUCUUCAUGUAUGUGACACUGCUUUGGAAACAUCAAAGUUUUUCAGAGACCUACGGAAUGGCAUCAUCUCAGAUGUGUUUGAUAAACGAGAAAAAACUAUUCUACAGAAAUUACUCUCAGAGAAACCUGAGGACCGAACUAACACAUCUGAAAUACUAAACACCUUGGCUAUGUGGAAAAAAAAACCAGAGAAAAAGGAACGAAACACACGUUAGAGCCCUUCUGAAAAAGUAUCCGCUUCUGAUUUGCAAUUUUCCUUGAAUUAUCUAAAAUCUGCUAGGGAAUAUCAAUAGAUAUUUACAUUUUAUUUUAAUUUUUCCCCUUAAUUUUUUACUUUAUUUGCAGAAAGGUUUCCUUCUUUUCGCUUCAGAAACAUUCUUACGUUUUACUUUUUCAUAAAAAAUUAUAACAUCGUUCUCUGCCUCACAUAGUUUAUAAGGUAGUUGGAGAAAUAUGGUACUCAUAAAAAAAAUAAGUGAUGUACAACCACUUUGGAAAAUAAUUUGGCAUUAUCUGGUAAAGUUGAAUACAUGUGUAUCCACAAAGCUAUCAAUUCUAUUCCUACAUACAUGCUUAUAAGAAUGUCCAUAAAACCCUAUUUAUGAUAGCCAAAAGAACACGGAACAACCAUAAUGCCCAUCAAAAGAACAGUAUAUUAAAAAAAGUGUAUUCACACACAGGAUUACUAUAUAGUAUUGAAAACAAUUGAAUUACAGCCAAAUGUAGUAACAUAACACAAAACAUCUCUCAGGAACAUAAUGUUAAACGAAUGAAGCAGGUUUUCAGAAAAUAUAUCCAGAAUAAUUCCAUUUAUAUAAAGGUCCAGAGGAUGCAAAACUAAAUCCUGUUGUCUAGGAAACCAAACAAAUGU